AUUUAAGCAACCUACAGCUCUCGACACUUUUAUUGGCACGAUAUCUUUUCACCCGCGCUGCUUGAGCUGCCUGAGCUUCGCUCCCCACUGAAGCACUGAAAACGUCGUCGUCGUCGAACCACGUACUCGUCGAAGCGCCGGAAGAAACAGUUUCCGUGCCCGAAGAACGAAGACCGAAGACCGAAGAACGGCCACCACUCACUCUACUCCCCACUCUAUGUGCAGUGCAUCUGUGCAUAUGCGCACUGCGUCUGCGCAGCGACCUCCGAGUUCUUGGAAACUGUAGAAGGCCCGUGUGCGAUGAGAUGAGAGUGUGACUCGAGUCGAAAACAGAGUAUCUGUUUUCAAAACCGCGUUGUUUUUUACUUGUUUGGCAUUCAAUUUUUUACCUGUGCUGUGAACCGAACUCUGGUCUGUGACUUGUGAAAUCUUCGGCCAUUGUUGUGAAAGAGCGGUUGUCUGGGUUCUCCUACCUGGCGCUAUAUCGCUAUAUCGCUAUAAUCGCCGCCCCGAAAAGCUAAACUGCUGCCGUCGGGCUUUCGUGUGCGGUUGGAUUUUUUGCGGGCCUCGCCGACGGCCCCUUUCGUCUGUCGGAAUUGGAGUUGGAAUUGGAAUUGGAUUCAGGCUCGAGUUCCAAAUUCGAAUCGGAAUUGAUCGGCAUCGGAAUCGGCAUCAGAAUCGGCAGAGCUGACCUCGACCGGGCCAAGACCCGUAGCAUGCCACCGCUGCCAUGCUGCUGAGACACCGCCUGGACAACGGCUAGGGCUGUGGACCAGGAUCAGGACCAGAACCAGGACCAGGACCAGGACCAGAACCAGGAACAGAACCAGGAGCACCGCAGCAGGAUGCGGCGAGGGAGCCAGUGGCUCCGCCUCCGCCUGCACCUCUGCCUCCAGCUCGGCCUGUGCCUCUGCAUCUGCCUCUCGAGGGCGGCUGCGCUGCGCGGAGUCCACUCCGAGGAGCUGGCGCCGGGCGAGGGGCAGCUGGUGGUGCCGCGGCGGGUGCACCCCGACGGCUCCUUCAUGACCCUCUCGCUGGAGUACGGACAUGGGCGGGACCACCGGCGGCACCGCCAGCGGCGGGACUUGGACGCGUCCGUGGAGCCGGCGGAGCUGCACCUGCAGCUGCCGCUGGAGGAGGGCACCCUGCACCUGGAGCUCUCGCCGCACAGCUACUUCCUGGCCCCGGGCCUCGUGGUGGAGCGCCACCGGCGGGAGCUGCGCUCGCGGACGCCUCUGUCCUCGCGGCACCUCGGCUGCCACUUCCAGGGGCGGGUGCGUGGGGAGGCGGCCUCCAACGUGGCCAUCUCCACCUGCGCCGGACUGGUGGGACACGUGCGCACGGCCAGCAGCGAGUACUUCAUCGAGCCCUCCCAGCAGCACGCGGCGCACCCCCUCGACGGCCACCCGCACGUCGUCUUCCAGCGCUCCUCCGUCCAGCCGAAGCAGCAGAACCCGCGCCAGAAUCCGCCGCAGAAGCAGAAGCAGAAGCCAAGCCCGAAACCGAAUCCGAAGUGGGGAAAGCGGAAGCGGGGUGGCGGGUCGCCAGCGGGAUCAGGAGCAUCGCCAGCGGAGGUAAGCAACUGCGGCACGCGGGAGCCGCGCCGGAGGAUGGAGACGCGGCUGGAGUGGCAGGCAAGGGGCAAGGUCAAGACAGGGGGUCGCCAAAUCAGGCGCCACCACAGGCGCGGCCACCGCCGUCGGAAGCUGCCGCACCUGCCGCACCACCAGCACCACCCGCAGCACACUAGGUUCCAGUACGAGACGCAGUUCCAGGCGGAGAAGGAGCAGCAGCACCCCGAUGAGGAGCAGCCGCGCAGGAGGCGCUCCAUCAGCAGCCCGCGCCACGUGGAGACGCUGGUGGUGGCCGACGCGACGAUGGCCGCCUUCCACAAGGACCUCAACGGCUACCUGCUGACCAUCAUGAACAUGGUGUCCGCCCUCUACAAGGACCCCAGCAUCGGCAACUCCAUCGAGAUCGUGGUGGUGCGCAUCGUGCAGCUGGACGAGGAGGAGUCCCAGCUCCAGCUGAACCUCACCCAGAACGCGCAGAAGAACCUGGACAGGUUUUGCAGCUGGCAGCACAAGCUGAACAAGGAGAGCGAGAAGGACCCGCACCACCACGACGUGGCCAUCCUGAUCACGCGCAAGAACAUCUGCGCCAACAACUGCAUGACACUCGGACUGGCCAACGUGGGCGGGAUGUGCAAGCCAAGGCAGAGCUGCAGCGUCAACGAGGACAACGGCAUCAUGCUCUCCCACACGAUCACCCACGAGCUGGGCCACAACUUCGGGAUGUUCCACGACACCGCCAAGAUCGGCUGCCACCCGCGCGUGGGUCCCAUCGUGCACAUCAUGACGCCCACCUUCGGAGCGGACACCCUGCAGGUGUGCUGGUCGAACUGCAGCCGCAAGUACAUCACGCACUUCCUGGACCAGGGACUGGGUGACUGCCUGGAUGACCCGCCGACGCCGCUGGACGAGUACAACUACCCGGACGAGCUGCCGGGCACGCGGUACAACGCGCGCGGCCAGUGCCGCCUGCAGUUCAACCUGACCGCGGACAGCGAGGUGGGCGCCUGCUCGGCGCCGCACGAGUUCUGCUCCACGCUGUGGUGCCGCGUGCGCGGCGAGUGCGUCACCCACAUGCGGCCCACGGCGCCCGGCACGCCCUGCGGCCGGAACAAGUGGUGCCAGAGCGGGCGCUGCGUGCGCCGCGAGGAGCUGGCCGCGGUGGCCGGCGGCUGGGGCGCCUGGAGCGAGUGGAGCGAGUGCUCGAGGAGCUGCGGCGGCGGGGUGUCCACCCAGCAGAGGGAGUGCGACAGCCCGGUGCCCGCCAACGGGGGCGUCUUCUGCAUCGGCGAGCGCAAGCGGUACAAGGUCUGCCGCAAGCGGCCCUGCCCGCCGGAGGAGCCCGGCUUCCGGGCGCAGCAGUGCUCCCGCUUCGACAACGCCACCUACCAGGGGGCCACCUACAAGUGGCUGCCCUUCUUCGACAAGGACAACCCCUGCAAGCUGUUCUGCAGCGACGUCGACGACACGAUCAUCGCCAACUGGGGCUCCACGGUGCUGGACGGGACGCCUUGCAAGCUGGGCACCAACAACAUGUGCAUCGAUGGCAUCUGCAAGAAGGUCGGGUGCGACUGGACAGUGGACUCGGAGCUGCAGGAGGACCGCUGCGGGGUCUGCGGCGGAGCAGGGGACCAGUGCCAGCCGGUGCGGGAGCUCUUCGCGGAGCCCCUCGGGGGGCGGGACGGCGCCUACGUGGAGGUGGUCACCAUCCCGGCGCGGGCGCGGCACAUCCAGGUGCGGGAGGAGGGCAACGCGGCCCACUUCCUGGCGGUGGCCGCGGCGCACGGCGGCCGCUUCUUCCUCAACGGGGACAGCCUCAUCUCCAUGCCCGGCAAGUUCGAGAUCGCCGGCGCCGAGAGCCUCUACGAGCGCGUCGACGAGCAGGAGACCAUCACGAUCCCGCAGCCCAUCCAGCAGGCCAUCUCGCUAUACGCCAUCGUGCGCGGCAACGAGAGCAACGCGGGCAUCUUCUACGAGUUCACCCUGCCGGCGCUGAGCGGGAACGCGAGUUCUGCUGGGAGGCAGCUGGUGUGGCGCCUGGGCAACUGGACCGCCUGCUCCGCCUCCUGCGGCGGCGGGCUGCAGCACCGGGAGCCCCUCUGCGAGGAGGACGGCCAGGCUCUGGCGGACACGCUGCCCUGCUGGACGCUCGCCAGGAACCGGAGGCCGUCGCGGCAGUCGCGGCCCUGCGCCGAGCAGCCCUGCCCCGCCCACUGGUGGCCGGGCCCCUGGCAGUUCUGUCCGCUCACCUGCCGGCCUCUCUCGGACGGAAAAGAGGGGCGGGAUCGGAAUUGGGGGCGGUGCCUCUGAGGAGGCGGUCCGUCGUCUGCCUCGAUCAGCACGACGUGGUGGUGGCCGACGCGGAGUGCGGCCUGCUGGCGAAGCCCCCGGAGGCGGAGCCCUGCGAG